AUGGGCAACGAUGAUGUCCUCUCACCAUCAUCCAAGGAUCACGGCAAAUCAAAAGCCGAUUCCUCCAAUCCUCCUACAUCUGAGAUGUCAAAAUCUGACCUCUCUAAUCCCUUUUUCACUCAUCAUUCAGAUCAUCCAGGUCUAGUCCUAGUCUCUAAGCCCUUGAAUGGAGACAAUUAUGCGGGAUGGAAAAGGGCUAUGACCCUAGCUUUGAAUUCUAAGAACAAGCUUGGUUUUGUGAACGGCACAAUAAAGGCUCCCUCAGAAGAGACAGACCCAGAAGGCUAUGUGACUUGGUCGCGUUGUAAUGAUAUGGUUCAUUCAUGGAUCAUCAACACUGUUGAUUCAGAAAUCGCCGACAGUGUUAUCUACUAUCCUAUUGCACACAAAGUAUGGGAAGAUCUUCGUGAACGAUUCUCCCAAGGUAAUGCUCCACGCAUUUUUGAAAUUCAGCAAGAAAUCGCUUGUUUCCGACAAGAGCAAUUGUCAGUUUCAGCUUAUUAUACAAAAUUGAAAGGCUUAUGGGAUGAAUUAGCUUCCUAUUUUGAGACAUCUCGAGGAGCACAGGCAGAACAACAAAGACUUAUGCAAUUUCUCAUGGGGCUGAAUGAUACUUACAGUUCUGUACGUGGAGAGAUUCUUCUGAUAAGUCCUUUGCCAACAGUCCGUCAGGCAUAUGCAGCUGUCUCUCAGGACGAGAAACAAUGUUCACUUGGUGCCUCUCAUCCGGCAGCAGAAUCAUCUUCAAGCGCUGCAAUGGCAGUGCGCAAUCCUGGCAGACCCAGUUUCAAUUCAGGAAGAAGUGGACGCUUUGAGAAGACUGAUCGACAUAUCCAGCGUCCAGAACGCAAUUUUGCUUCCCAAGAAGGACACCAUCUUGAUACUGAACGACGACAAGGCUCCAGCAGGGGUAGACCUCAUUGUACCUAUUGUGGAGAUCCAGGACAUUGGGUACAGACUUGUUAUCAACUGAUUGGGUAUCCCCCAGGUCACCCCAAAGCAAAGCAAGGCACAGGUUUUUCGAAGCAACCAAGAGCAGCUCCUUCGGCAAACCAAGUCUGCGCGACUGUUGAAGAUGGUGGUGGGCCAACCGUGACACUCACUGAGGCCCAAUUUAAACAGUUUAUGACUGCUCUUAGUAAUCAGACUUUGAAACCCAAUUCCAAUACCAGCGCCAGUUCCAAAGCAAACGCCGUCACAAAACCAGAAUCUGGCUACGAGGAGGACGAUUGGUUUGGGUGA